AUGGAUCCUAAUUUAAAAAUUAAAUACGCUGAAGUCAUUUCAGAAUAUCUAGAAUUAGGACACAUGGAGAAAGUACCAAUAACUGAACAAGAUGAUCCUGAAGCAGUCUAUUUACCACACCAUGCAGUGGUGCGAGAGGAUAGAACCACUACAAAAGUAAGAGUUGUUUUCGAUGCAAGUUGUCCUGGUACAAAUGGCGUAUCUUUAAAUCAAGAUUUAUUAGUAGGACCCACUCUUCAAGCUGACUUGCGUCAUCUCUUAAUACGUUGGCGUCGUUAUCCUAUAUGUCUUGUGUCUGAUAUAAUUAAAAUGUAUAGACAGAUAAAGGUUGAAGAAAGACACACUAAUUUUCAACGUCUGGUAUGGCGUGAUCAUCCGGAAAGUGAACUGCAACAUAUGAGACUAUUACGAGUAACAUUUGGAACGGUAUCAGCACCUUACCUUGCUGUUCGGUGUUUACAUCAAAUUGUUUAUGAUGAAGGCAAAAAUUAUCCUCUUGCUGCUGAAAGAGUUCUAAAUCAUUUUUAUAUGGACGAUUUACUAACAGGUUGUGAGUCAGUCGAAGAAGGUAUUCAAAUCUAUAAGGAGAUAAAUGAGUUAUUGAAAAAAGGAGGAUUUGAGCUUCAGAAAUGGAGUAGUAAUAGUGAGGAAUUAUUGAAAGUAAUUAGUGAAGAGGAUGUAGCUUCACAAGGAAGCGUGCAAUUAAAAAUAGAUAGUGUUUUGAAAAUUCUGGGACUGACCUGGAAUCGAAGUAGUGAUCAUUUUGAAUAUGUUGUACAACUGCCUGAACUGAAGGCACCUGUAACUAAAAGAAAAGUUAUUUCCGAUAUUUCUCGGAUUUUUAAUUCAGUUGAAUGGUUAAUGUCUGUUAUUCGUGUAAGAACAUUUAUCCAAAUGUUAUGGCUCUCUGGAAUAGGUUUAGAUGAAGAAUUACUAAUACAACUUUUGAAUAAAUGGUUACAGUAUCUAAAGAAUCUUCAAGAAACUUACCUGGUUGAUGAAUUAAAGAACGAAGAAAGAAAAAAGAAAGAUUAG